UAAAUUGGGUGGUAACUAUUCAGACAACAAUCUGGCCAAUCAGAAAGUGAAAGGGAAAGUUUUGGUGGUUAAUCUGAAAAUAUGGCACCUCCAAAGAAAGUCAAGAAAACGAAGAAGGAUCCGAAGAAGUUGAAGAAAAUCAAAAACAAAAAUGGCAAGUCCAACACUACUGCAAGACCAAUUCCCGCAGAGAACGGAGCUGCCAUUGAUUCUGAGUGGUGGGAUUCUUUCUGGAGCAAGAACUCUUCAAUCCCAGAUGUACCUUCAGAUGAGGAGGAAGGAUUCAAGUAUUAUUUUCGAAUGUCGAAAAAGACUUUUGAGUACAUAUGCUCGCUUGUAAGGGAAGACCUUAUUUCGAGGCCGCCUUCAGGACUUAUUAAUAUCGAAGGAAGGCUUCUCAGUGUGGAGAAGCAAGUUGCAAUUGCAUUGAGAAGAUUAGCUUCCGGUGAGUCUCAGGUUUCGGUUGGAGCUUCCUUUGGAGUAGGGCAGUCCACUGUUUCGCAGGUGACUUGGAGAUUCAUCGAGGCGCUGGAAGAACGCGCCAAACAUCACCUUACUUGGCCUAGUUCCAAUCGGAUGGAGAAAAUAAAAUCUGCGUUUGAAGCGUCUUUCGGCUUGCUUAAUUGUUGUGGUGCCAUUGAUGCAACGCACAUUGUUAUGACGCUUCCUGCUGUUCAAACUUCGGAUGACUGGUGUGAUCAAGCGAAAAAUUUCAGUAUGUAUGUACAGGGUAUCGUUGAUAAUGAGAUGAGAUUCUUAGAUAUUGUGACGGGUUGGCCUGGUGGCAUGACUGUUUCAAGGCUGCUGAAGUUUUCUGGGAUUUUCAAGCUUUGCGAGUCUGGUGAUCGUAUGAAUGGUAUUGUCAAAAGAUCUUCUGAUGGCGGCAGUGUGAGGGAAUAUAUAGUAGGUGAUGUCGGAUAUCCUCUUCUGCCAUGGCUCAUAACUCCUUACGAAGAAGAUAACAAUGACUUGUCUGAUGCUAUGAUGAAUUUCAAUAAGAUGCACGAGGCUACAAAAUCAGUAGCACUGAGGGCAUUCUCGCAGCUGAAGGGCAGUUGGAGAAUCCUAAACAAGGUUAUGUGGAGACCUGAUAAGCGGAAACUCCCGAGCAUUGUCUUAGUGUGUUGUUUGCUUCAUAAUAUUAUCAUUGACUGCGGAGACGGUUCUCAGUCAAAUGUUGCCUUGUCCUGUCAUCAUGACUCAGGUUAUGUUGAACAGAAAUGUAAGCAAGUUACCCCAUUGGGCAAGACAUUGAGGGACAAUCUCGCCAAUCACUUGCUCCAUUUAGAAGGGAAAAGUGGUAGGUAAGCAUCAACUGCAUUUCUGUGAUGUACUCAUUUAAUGAAUUUUCAAUCUAUCAUUGUUGUGUUGAUCAAAUGUACUGUGUAAAUAUGUACGUUCUGAUUAUCUCUCCAGGAAUUGAAGUUCCAUUGGAAAAUAUUGUUGAUUGCCACAAAUGAAUGACCUAGUUCUAUUUAUAGGGAAGUAUUAUCCAUAGAUGUUACUUUUCUUUUUCGUUUUGUGGUAUUGGGGCCUGAUACUUCUAAGCUAUGUGUUCCAUGGAUUUCGAGUGCAAACUUAAAGUUACUAGUCCCCAAUUGUUGCUCAUUCUACCGAAUCAGUAACAUUGUAAGUUUUUAGCACAUUUAAAUGUUAGAAUUAUAGAUCCUUGAGUUUAUCGUGAAUAUCCAAUUGUAACUUGGUUUCCAG